UUAAAAAAAGAAUUGUGGGCGUUUGGGCAUAGCAUAGAAAGGAGGAACAAUGAAAGGAGGGAGGAAGAAUCUAAAGAGGGCAGCAAAAGACCAAAACUUGAUCCUACAACCUGGCCAAAGCGUUAUGCAAGUGCUGUCUCUAAGAGGAUCCAAUCUCAUUGAGGUAAUGGAUGCUCGAGGAGAGAAAUCACUAGCAUUAUUCCCAGCUAAGUUUCAGAAGAGCAUGUGGAUAAAACGAGGGAGUUUCGUUGUAGUUGAUGAAAGUGGAAAAGAAAAGGCACUUGAAUCUGGUAGCAAGGUGGCAUGCAUUGUUUCUCAAGUUCUGUUCUAUGAACAAGUUCGUGCACUACAGAAAUCUCCGGAAUGGCCUGAAAAUUUCAAAUCCUCAAAUAUGGAUGAUUCAAUUGAAAAUGGAGGUGCCACCUCAGAAUGUUUGCAGAGACAUACCUCCAAGCAAGAAUUGAACGAUGAGUUGGAGUCAAGUGAUGAUAAUGGACUUCCCCCACUAGAAGCUAAUCUGAAUAGAAUCAAGCCAUAUGAGAUGCAAUCAGACAGCGAGUCUGACUCUGAAUCUGAUACAGAAUGAUUAAUGAUUAUAGUAUACGAAUAUAGACCAAUCACCCCAAUUUUUACUGUUGAUCUCUCAUGUCAAAAAAUGUCAUGAAGUGGGAACUACUAGUAGUACCCAAAUGCUCUUAUAUCGUUAAAUUUUUGUUAGCUUCUUGUAUGGUAAUUUUUGUAGGUAAAAUCUUGUGCUAAAAGAGAAGAAAAUAACCAGCAACUUUAAUUAAUUUUGUUUAAGGUUGCUCAGUUUGUAUGUCUUGAUUUCGAUAUAAGUUGCUUUAAAUAUCAGACGAUUGAAACAGAAGCUUUGAUUGAGUUGUUAAAAGCUUCUGAAUUCUGAUUUAACAUCUGAACUGAUACGUUAUCCACUGAUUCAGAUAUUGGGAUAAAGCCA